CCAGGAAGUUGAUCAUCAGGAAGAAAAACAAAUUAGAAGUGCCGUGUGUCUAGAUUUAGAAGUAGCUGUGUCAGCGUCGUGAAGAUUAAAAGAAAGGAAAGGACAUACACGUGCAAAUAUGGAUGAGACACUCUUUCAACUUAAGUUUACAUCAAAGCAGCUGGAAAGACUUGCAAAGAAGGCAGAGAAAGACUCAGCUAAAGAACAAGCCAAGGUUAAGAAGGCUCUUCAGCAGAAGAAUGUGGAGUGUGCUAGGGUGUAUGCGGAGAAUGCCAUUCGCAAGAAGAACGAGGGCCUCAACUGGCUGCGCAUGGCAUCACGAGUGGACGCCGUGGCCUCGAAAGUUCAGACAGCAGUCACCAUGAAGGGUGUGACAAAGAACAUGUCGCAGGUGACAAAGGCCUUAGAUAAGGCGCUGGGCUCCAUGGAUUUACAGAAGGUGUCUGCCGUCAUGGAUAAGUUUGAGACACAGGUGCAGAACUUGGACGUCCAUACCUCGGUGAUGGAGGACUCCAUGAGCUCGGCCACCACCUUGACCACGCCCCAGGACCAGGUGGACGACCUGAUCAUGCAGAUCGCCGAGGAGAGCGGCCUAGAGGUCAUGGACAAGCUCAGCGAGCUGCCCGCCGGGGCCACCUCGCUGGGGGGGGAGAGCUCGCGCGCACAGGAGAAGGAAGACCAGCUCUCACGCAGGUUGGCAGCUUUGCGAAACUGAGGCGUGCGGUGGUGGCGGCGGCGGCGGUAUCCAAGGAGACUGUUCCUGUGUGCGGAUAGCAGGAACCAGCCGUUUCCCCCAAGAGAACCAGGCGGCCAGGACACUUUGGCUCUCUGCGAUUCUAUUAAACUGUUCCUACUGUGAGGACCUGACAAGCCUGUAUUGAUUUCUCACCCCCCCCUUCCACCUCCUACAACCCUCUCCUUCCAUCCCCCCCCCCACCAGCCACCACCCACACACCACCCCCAGAUCUAUUUAUAUACGUAUUGGCAGUCGGCGUGGCUGAAAAUACUACCCUGCAUGAACGUGUGCGUGGUGUUUCGCUCCUCUCCUUUUCUCCCUUCUCUUCUCUUUUCUCCUGCCCCCGCACGCUCUCUCCCUUGCUUUCUCUCUCUCUCUUUUUCUCCCCAUUUUACACGGUAAACAAUCUGUCUCCCCUCUUGACUUUUUGUCCUCCUCCUUCUAUUUCUGUCUCUUUUCCCCCCUCACCUCACCGCCAUCACCUUUGCUUUCUCUCUCGUCUCUCGUUGUGCCCCUGUCAUGCACACCGCCACCCCCCCGCCCUCUCUCCCCUCAUAAGCCCCCCCCCCUGCAGGCCCCCCCACAGUUUGAGCCACUGACAUCUGAGGUUCAAUGUCCGGUCACACGAUCAAAAACAAACAAAAAAACAAAUAGACUCUGUAUCUCUUUCUCUAUCUCUCUAUCAACACAGUCUUUUAUCCAGAGAUUUUUUCUUUUGGUUUGUUUUUUUGUUUGGCUUUUUUCUUUUUAUGUAACUGUAUAAAGGAGAUGUUUUUCUUUUAAAAACAAAAACAUGAAAAAAAACUGUAAAUGUAUCUGAAGGUAUGUGGUGUUUUUUUGUUUUUUUGACUGAGUGCUUUGGACAGAAUGUUUUGUUUUAUAACCCUGCCUUGUAAUCUCACCUGGUGAUCAGAGGCCCCACCAAAACUCAACAAUUUGAGUUUCUUCUGUUGUUUUUCACAGAGUAUUUUUACGUACCUGUCCUGUCCACAACGGAGACCUGCCUGAGUGAGGCACUACUGCUACUACCACUACUACAAGAGGUGGAAUUAGAAACCUGGGGCCACAGUAGGGGGUUGUUAUUAUUAUUCGAAUGCAAUUGUGGGAGUUGCCAACUGCCGAUCAAUUGAUAUUCUCUACAGACUCGGUUUACUGUAGAUGUUUAGUUUUAAAUACAGACGUGGAUAUUUAUAGAUGCUGAAACACUAAGACAUUGGGGAAUUUCUUUUUGCUACCAUUUCCCCACUGCUCCUGUAUCACAUUAUUUACAGUCAUGGGACUUAGUCAUACAGCGCUUAUAGGACCACCAUCCAUCAUUUUCCAUCGGCAUGCAGUGUAAUGCUGAACAGCAAAACAUCAUUUUCAUAUCUCUGAGCAAAAAAGGCUGUUGGGUUUUUGGUUUGAAAAGCAUGGAAGCCAUCCCUUUUUUUAAUCUGUUGCUGGAUCCCUAUUACAUUUUAUUUUUUGUUGUAAUUCUGUUUUUGUAGUGUUUUCUGUUUCAGGACUGUUAUGACCUGUCUGUGUUUUUUCCUUUUCAUAAUUUAUUUUAUUUUUGUUGUGUGUGUGUUGGGUGGGUUUUUUUUGUCAUAAAAGCCUUACUGUCUCACAGCUCGCUUUGUAUGGGUGCUCCUCCUCAGUGCCUCUGUCUGUAAGCCCAUAGUAGAGCACUUAAGGAGCUGUAAUGACGAUAAGAAGUAACCCCCACCCCAAUCUGCACCCCUAGCCUCUCCCCCACCCCACCCUCCUCAACAACCAUCCGCCCAUCUCAUCUCAUCCCAUCCACCGUCUGAACCAUUACAGGCUCCACGUUGUCAUAGCAACAAGGAAGUCCCCUUCUCUCUAGCUGUCUCUUUGCCUCUCUCUCUCUCUCUCUCUCUCUCUCUCUCUCUCUCUCUCGCUCUCUCUCUCUCUCUCUCUCUCUCUCUCGCUCUCUCUCUCUCUAGCUCCUUCUCACUGUCUCUCUCUGUAGGCCUGCCACUAUCAGCCUUAGUUAAAAUCUUUGCUUGGCUCUUUUCUGCCAUGAUGACGAUCAUGAUUUUAAUAUCUGGUUGUUUUUUUUGUCAACUUUCCUUUUUCUUCUCUCCCAUGUGAGACAACAGAAACUGGGUUCAUUUGUACUUACACAUGUUAUUCAAGCUGGCUUCUUUUGUUUUUAUUUUGUAUAUUUAACUUGUGGAAAUAAAACAAUCCCUCUGAUAUUAA